AUGUCAUGGGAAGCAAAUCCAUGGCACCACUUGCAUUGGUGGAUUCCUUUGAUUUACUAUGCCAAGGUUUUCCUUCGGUUGGACCAGAAUGAAGUUGAUGUUGCGCUUGUAUUCCCGCAUGGUGACAUAGAUUUUGCUAUCUCCACUGCAAAAGGUAGGGAUAUCGAUGGCAACUUCAGAGGCCACACAGAACCUUCGAGUUGGUCCAUAUUGCAACAUGAUUUCCCUUUCGACACCGAGAAAGUCAAAAUGCAUUGGAGUCCCAACGGCAUUCACGCCGGUCUUUUGAAAUGGAUUUCUGACCGUCCAGCCAUGUCACUGGCGAAGUACUAUGGGCGAAGCUAUGAACAGGUGAUCCUGGGUCUUCCUUCACUUCGCUCUUUCUUGCAGACACCCCAACUUCCAUGCACCAGUAUAACGCAGGUGAAACAGUGGAUCCAUGAGUCUACUCCAACUAUGGCAGCUAUGCCUGUGUCCAGUGAUGCAGGUAUCCUGCGGCUCGCAGUGAUUCAGAGGCCAGCAACUGAUGGGCGCAGGAUCCAAAACUAUCACCAGGUGCUGGAGUUUGUCCGCGGCAAAUUUGCAGAUACUCUGCGUGUGAAGGAGGUGGAGGGUUUGGCUCAUGGUACACCUUGGAUAGAGCAGUUUCGCCAGUUCCAUGACGCAGACAUCCUUUUAGCUGUCCAUGGAGCUGGCCUUGGGUGGCUUUGGGCUUUGCGAGAAGGGAGUGCUGCAGUGGAGCUGAGGAGUCGGAGUUCCCCAGUGUGGCUGCAGUGCUCUGAUCUUUGGAAUACAGACUUCACACAGAUUUUUGGGGGACUCGCUCGACUGGCAGGCAUCCACCACUUGUGCACGCGACCUCACGACAUGACAGGGAGUUUGACAGAGGGGCGGCUGUCCAAUGUGGGUGACAUGACCGAUGCAGAUGCCUACAAUCACAGCGAUGAUGUCUAUGUUUGGCUUCCCAAAGCUGAGAAGAUCCUGAACUCAGUAUUCAUUGACGAACUUGUGAUUUCGGAUGGCGUUUGGGGUGUCAAAUGUGUGGGACCUUGCGAUUUCCGUAGUACGCGGAGCUCCAUUGCCUUGUUUGGACUACCACUGGUGGCUUUGACAGCUGAGCCUAGUCCCAAAGUACUGCCGGUCUUGCAGAGCAAGGCAAAUGUGACAGAGGGUGACUCAGUAGACAGAAUGAUCUGGAAUCUGGAAUGCUUGUUUAGCAUUGUUUCGCCAGAUUCUCGUACCAAGCACAAACCUGUAUUUCGUUCUACUUCAGAGUACAGGCUAGCGUCAGCAGCCAAUGUCACAGACAUCGCGAACGUCACAGAGAUAAUUUUGGACAGCACAGACCCAUUGUUUGCAGACUGGCGGGUUCGCAUCAGCGAGGAUGGCACGUGUGGUGCCGGAACAGUUCCUGGCUCUGUGCGGGCGGCCACAUUCGGUCAGGAGAUCCAUCCAGUCACUUCCGAUGAAUUCCAUUGGUCUGAUACUGGGACCCAAUCCUGUGCCACGGAGACAUGCAGCUUCCAAGGGAACCUUGGUCCUGGGGCCUUUUGGUGCCCGCUGGAACCUGGUGGCACAGCCGCAGACAGGCUGAAAUGUGAAUGCGAGCAGUGCCCGUGCUCCAAUGGUACUGGUGGCUUUAUGUGCACACAUUGCGUCGAAGAUGCGGCUUGUGGACCGGGAAGCUCGUGUGACCGGACAAUGCUCCUCGACAACUAUGACAGGCAUUUUUCAUGUACCUUCUCUGAUGCUUUGAAGCGACAUCCAACAUACAAACUGUUUUGGCCAGACGGUUGGGCAAGUCCACGUUUCCUCGCUCAAUACUUCCCUUCCAGGGGGACAGCGCGACUUGACAUCAUAAACACAAUGUGCAGUCACCGGCAGCCAAUCUUGAUGCAGUGCAGCUGCCAAGAAUGUUCCUCCAUGUAUGACGAAAUAGAUGCCCUGACGAACGAACAGAGUGGCGUCUGCAAACAAAAGAAAAUCCCAAGCCCAUGUGCAAGAUGUGAGACAUGCCGGUGCACAUAUCCGGAUGACUCCUGGCUGGGGACUCUUACCAGGACCAUUGUCGAUGGAAUUAGUCAGGGUGUCUACUUGGGCUGCGAGGCGGGCCUGAACUCCAGCAGCUGCACUGCCAUGCUCGAUGAUCUGCCAGCACCACUCUCAUUUGACUGCGAAAGUGGUCUUUGCUUUCCAGACAACCAGACGAGAGAGGUGAUCGAAGCAAAAAAAUCCUUCAAUCUCUUCGGUUCAUGGACCACAGCUGCUAUUUGCAUUUUGUUCCUUCUGGCAACCCUCUCAGUGCUUUUGCUGCUUGCCAUCAUGCUCCACUGCUUGCGCACAAAAAGGCUGCGGUCCAUUCCGCUAAAUGAGCCUGGUGCACCUUUGGCGGCUCUUGCAGCAGCUCAGGCAGCCCUUGGAGGUUUCGGAAGUAAUCCUCCAGGGGCCACGCUGGUCUUCAGCUGGCAGAACGUCAAUUGCAGGCGAAAUGGCAAGCAGGUGUUGAGAGACGUUUCAGGUGCCGUGGAGUCCUCAUCCUCUGGACAUGGUGCUUUGGUGGCUUUGCUUGGACCGUCUGGUAGUGGCAAGACAACACUACUGGAGGCUCUCUCUGGCCGCACAUCACGUGGGGACACUGCCACAGUGUACAUCAAUGGAAAGGCAAUGUCUCCAGAGAGUCGACGUCGGCACAUUUCCUUUGUGUAUCAGGACGAUAUCCUUGGAGCCACAUUGACAGUUCGAGAGGCCUUGGAAUUUUCAGCCGCGAUGCGCUUGAGAGCACUUUCGGCCUCUCAACGGGCAGGGCGAGUUUCGUGGGCAUUGAAAACUUUGCAUUUAGAGGAGGUUGCAAACUCGAGAAUUGGAGACAAUCUGCGAAGAGGGGUGUCUGGCGGAGAGCGCCGUCGAGUGGCAAUAGGUGUGGAGCUGAUUGUGUCCCCACCCAUCAUGUUUUUGGACGAGCCUACAACUGGGCUGGAUGCAAGCUGUGCUUUGAUGCUGGGCCAGGUCCUUGCCAAGCUGGCAGAGGGUGGGCGGCUUCUAAUUUGCAGCAUGCAUCAGCCUCGUCAAGAGCUAAUGCGUUUGUUCGAUGCCAGGCCGAUGAAUGUUGCCGGCACAGAUGCCUUGGUGAAAACUCCCAAGUUCUUACCAGAAAAGGAUGGGGUCACUGGUGAUCUCGAGGCACACGUUCCACACGAGUUCGCGAAAGGAAGAGCUUCACAAAUGGCUGAAGCGCGCACGGGUCACCAGCCGCAACCCACUAUCGAGACGAACCCCAACCAGAGCUACCAGAUCCCAAUCGGCGGGUUGAACCCCAACCGUGAGAUGCACACCAAUCGCGAGACAUCGGGUCUCUUGAACUCUGUAGUGAUCAGCGAAGUGAAUGACAGUGAAUGCUCAUCUUUCGCAAGGAGAUCCGUGCAGCAGCAGAAACAUCCCUUCUGCAGAGCAUGCAUGGGUGAUGACUUGCAUGAAGCGCUGACAAUAGCUGCUCGUGCAACUGCUGGUGUGAAACCUGCAAACCUUCCCUAUCAGGUCUUCAUCUUGUGGGAACGCAGCUUCCGAGAGGCAACCCGCGGAAGCUACAGCGGCAUUGUUGCUGCAGCUGUGGUGGCGACAGUCGCAGUUGUAAUUGGCUUCACUUUCAGCGACCUUGAAAGUGGUGUUUCUGGAGUCCAAAAUCGCUUCGGCUCCGUUUUCUUCACUCAGCUCUUCUUCAGCUUUUUUGGGCUCCAGGCUUGCACGCUUUGGUACCUUGAUCGCGACCGACUUGACCGUGAAAGAGCGUCAAAACUCUACCAUGUUUUGGCUUAUUUUACUUCGAAGGCAUCUUCGUAUCUAUGGUGGUAUUGCCUCAUUGUUCCUGCAAUCUACGUCGCUAUUGUCUAUCCACUAAUUGGUUUCCAAGCCAGUAUUUCCAAGUUCAUGACGUUCUACUUAUGCACUGCGGCUUCAACAGCAGCAGCAAGUGCAGUAAGUCUGAUUUGCCUUUCAAUCACGAGCACGUUUGCUUCUGGGAUUUCUUUGGCAGCUAUCUUCAUUACUGUGCUGCAAAUGUACGCGGGCUUUUUGCAACGCCGAGAUGCUAUUCCAAGCGGGCUGAGGUGGCUAACAGACGUGUCCCCGUUCGCUCAUGCCUUUGCUGCCAUGAUCUCCAGCGAGUUCACUGGUCUGGAGACAACAGUAGAUGCUACAGGUUUUGAUGCAUUGACAGUUGACGGAGGUAUCUGGCCGAAGCAGUUCAGCGUUGACCCAACGAAGCUGGAACACAAUGUUCAAAUGUUGGCGCUCGUUGCUUGCUUCGCAUGGAUACUGGCAUUGAUCCCGCUGUGGCUUCAAUGGUACCGGGUAAAGAAGGGCGACUGCCUUCGAGCUAUCAUCUACAGAAAGGAUCCAGGCUGCUCCACGUCCUUGGAAGCGCCAUCUUGGGUGAGUGCGAGAACCAAGGGCUCGGCGGCGUUGGUCUGGAAGGAUCUGCAUGCUAUGCUUCCAAACUCGACCACGCUGUACGAUGGGAUGAAUGGCAUAGUUCAAGCCGGAAGGCCAUUGGCGGUCCUUGGCCCUUCCGGCUGUGGCAAGACGACGCUUUUGUCUUGCCUUGCCGGCGAGGUGACGCGAACAAAGUGCGACGUGACGGUCUAUCUAAACAGGCAUCGCAUAGCUCGGAGCAAGCUCAGAAGAACAGUGGGCUACGUCCGUCAAGACGAUGCCUUGCAUCCUGAGCUGACAGUCUCGGAGGUGCAGAGUUCAGCCGUGGCGCUGAGAAUGCCGCACUCCAGUCGCAAAGUAUGUCAAGAGCGUGUUCGCUGGACCAUAGGCAGACUUGGUCUUGAGGGAGUGGCCAACUCCAAAGUCGGUGGUCACAAAUUCCGUGGAAUUUCGGGCGGUGAACGCCGGCGGACUGCUGUUGGCGUAGAGCUUUCGGUGGCUCGCGGUGUUCUCGCUUUGGAUGAACCUACAAGUGGUCUCGACAGCGAAACAGCGCUCUCCUUGGGACAUUUGUUAGCUGAAUUGGCGGCCGAAGGCUGUAUACUGCUUGCUUCAAUGCACCAACCUUCCCCUGAGCUCUUGGCAAACUUUUCUGACACUCUCGUGCUUGGGACAUACGGACGAGUUGCUUAUUUUGGUGCAACGACAUCUCUCCCCACAUACAUCUCGCCCUUGCGCCAACUCCACCCUGAAGGGGGAUAUGGCACUGCGUCGGAUGUAUUGUUGGACAUCAUCUCUGGUGAUCAUGCAGAUGAAGCCUUCAAACUUUAUAAAGUGGCAGAAGAAAAGGGUGACAUGGAGGAUGAGAUUCAGUCAGCGUUGACUGCAAGUCCUGGUGAAGAGAUCAUGGAGGUGAAGGCAGCAACUGUACCACCCAUCAGAGUGCAGUUGAUACAACUUCUUCUCCGAGAAAUGCGAAUUCAGAGGAGCCUGGCAACAUACACCUACUUUGAGGCAGCGAUAGCAGGAGUUCUGCUUGGAAUGACUUACUUCCAGAUGUCCAUGAGACUGGCAGGAGUUAUCAGUCGCCUUGGUCUGGUCUUCGCAGUACACUGCACCCUGGGUAUGCAGGCCUUGCAGGGCCUACUGGCCUGGCGGGAAGGCUAUACAAGCUUUAGACGAGAACGUGCGGCAGGAUACUACUACACUGGCACCUUCGUGAUUGCAAAGGUAGUGAUGGACGCAAUCCUUUUGAGAGUUGGUCCGCCAGCUCUGAUGUGCUGCAUCGUCUACUUACUAGCUGGCUUGCAGCCAGGUAGAGAGGCAGUCUGCUGUCUCGGUUUUUGCUUGGCUUCUUUCGUUGCCUCAACCUUUUGCUUGGCUUUGGGAGCUACUGCCCCAAGAUCGGGGGCUGUUUUACCAUUGGCAGUGUUGCUGAUACUUCUUUUCCUCCUGAUCGGUGGUCCUCUACUCGCGACGCAACAAGGGGUUCUGAGAAAUGUGUCAAUCUUCCGCGCUUCUUUCAACAUGCUCUCCGCAAAUGAGAUGCGCGGCAUGGUGUUCAAGUUUGAUCCUGAAGGGGUGGUGACAACUUUGGGCGAGCGAAGUGGAGAGGAUUGGAUGACAGACUUGGGCAUCCAAGACAAUCCGGUUCAUGAAGAAGUAGGUCAUGGCCUGAAAAAAUUGAAAGCGGCGGCGUUUUGUUUGCAACCUGUCUAG